AUGCGUUUCCAUGUCUUGUUAGCUCUUUCAGCGCUUUCAGUGCUGGGCCAUGCGCUCCCAAGGAAUCUACAGGCCCGGGAUGUCGCCGCCGACGAGUUAUCUGACUUCAAGUUUUGGGUUCAGUAUGCUGCUGCUGCCUAUUGUCGCAACAGCUACACUGCGAAGGCCGGUACUCAAUUGACCUGCUCGGCUGGCAACUGCCCUCAAGUUGAGGCCGCUGGUGCCACAAUAGUCUACGACUUUUCCAAUACCACCAUAACCGAUACCGCUGGGUUUAUCGCAUUGGACGAGACAAACAAGGCAAUCGUACUUUCCUUCCGCGGCUCUUACUCGGUCCGCAACUGGCUCGCCGACGCCGACUUUCCCUACACGAACCCCGGUCUCUGCGACGGCUGUGAAGCUGAAUCUGGCUUCUGGAAUUCCUGGAACUUCGUUCGAGACCCUAUUUCCAAGGUUCUCAACGAGACCGUGGCUAAAUAUCCCGACUAUGAACUGGUCGUCGUCGGCCACAGCCUUGGUGCUGGAAUUGCUACUCUCGCAGCCGCUGACCUUCGUGGAAUGGGCUACCCUUCGAUUAAAAUGUAUGCCUAUGCUUCGCCUCGAGUCGCCAACUCAGCACUGGCCGAUUUUAUAACCGCCCAGGGAAAUAAUUACCGUUUCACGCAUACGAAUGAUCCAGUGCCAAAGCUUCCUCUGCUUGCUAUGGGCUAUGUCCAUGUUGCCCCGGAGUACUGGAUUACAUCGGGCAACAAUGUCACGGUUACAGCCAAUGAUGUUGAGAAGCUUGAGGGCACAAUCAAUUGGGAUGGUAACACUGGAACGGGUGCGCCGUUGAUAUCCGAUUUCCCUGCUCACCAUUGGUAUUUUGAGCGUGCGGAUAACUGUCUUGGGGCUGGUCUGCCUUUGAAGGUCUAA